CAGCAGCCCUGUGUGACGCCCUCUGUGAGUGGUGGUGGGCACAGAGAGUCCUCAGAGAGGAUGUUCCUAUGGGCAGGAAGCAAAGGAGCUCAGGGAUCAGGAAGUGAGAGAAGGACUAUUUAUCAGAAGGUCCGGGAGUAUGACGUGCUAGACAAGAGGAAGACAGUGACAGCGCUGAAGGCUGGGGAGGACAGAGCUAUUCUCCUGGGACUCAGCAUGAUCCUCUUCUCUGUGAUGAUGUACUUUGUGCUUGGCAUUACCAUGGUGCGCUCCUACUCAGACAGUGUGUGGACGGAGGAAUCCGGCUGCACUGUGCUCAACUCCACCAUCGUGGCGGAGAUUAACUGUACCUACAGCUGCGGCUCCGAGUGCUGGAAAAGCUCCAAGUACCCGUGCCUACAGGUGUUUGUCAGUCUCAACACAUCCGGAAAGGUUGUACGACUCUCCCACAAUGAGGAGGCACAGGACGCCAACCCAGAGUGCUUCUAUGUGCCCAAAUGCCAGAAGGACUUCAAUGCGAUCCACAGUGUCGUAGUGAACAUCUCAGAGUGUCUGAAAACACAGCAGCAGGUGCUGUGUUACAUGGACCCAGGUGAACAGCAGGACAGUGCUCUACUGACACGCAUCUAUGGACGAUUGGCAGUGUUCCACUCACUCUUUUGGCCAACCUGCACCCUCAUUGGUGGAACCAUCAUCAUCGCUAUGGUGAAGCUCACCCAGUACCUGUCCAUCAUGUGUGAACAGGUGGGCAGGAUCAAAAGGUGA